GAUUGGAACAGUUUCUUCACAACACUCUCAGACAUGGAGGUAUGCUUUCCUUCACCACAGUCUCCUGAUGAGGCUGUGCUACGGACAAGAGCCAGACGCGAGCUGGCAUCUGCCAGCCUCACCACCACAACCACAUCAAAUUCUCUGCUGAUGGCAACUGAUGCCCGGGGCAAUGAUACCGAAGCCAAUGUGACCAUCAGUAUUUUGGCAGAUGUCCAGGUGCAGAGGAAAGGGGUCAGCCUCGAGGGGCUUACUUUGCACUCCCUCGUGGGGGCCAAGUUCUUUGGAUUCAAGAGAGACAAGAGUUUCUUGGAAGUAACCAUAGACUUGGCAAGGCAAAUCUCCAAAAACUGGACUGCGUGCAUGACCCUCUCCGGCCCAGCCCACUUGCUGCCCAACUCUCCUCAGACCCCUCCAACUUGCACACCAGUAAAGGAACCAAAGACAAAUGAGGUGUUCUUAGCCCAGCCCUGGUUAGUGCUGGAAGAGGAUGAAUGGUGCAUGAAUGGCACCGUGGGAAGUCUCAGUGUCGCUCCACAGCACGAACUGAAUGUUUAUCUCACAGAGGGAGAUGUAACUUUGAUUCAGGUACACAUUCUGUAUACCACGUGUCUUCUCUGCGUUAUGAUGAUUGGCCUCCUGUUUUACUUCCUUUGUGGGAAGCGCUGCUCGACACGUACCAAGGCAGCACCUCUUCCUGACAAAGUGCCCCUAAACCCAUGAUGAGCCAAAAGCAUAGAAGUGUUUACAGCACUAUUAUUGCAAUGGACUUGAAGGACCAGUAGGGCGAAGCUGUCAUUACUUACGUAGUGAUGCAUGUGAGAAUCCCGUAGGCUUCAUAUUGAAAGCACAAGUGGUUUGACAAAGUUUUAUUAUUUUUGUUUGAAACGACUGUAUUUUCUAAUGUUUAUUGAUUUAUUAAUUCAUUUAAUUGGAAGAUGUGAUCAUAACUGCAUUGUAAAUGCAGUGUAAAUAUAUAGAGAAAGUAGGUAAUCAUAGCUAAAGGUUAUGGAUGUUUUUCCCUGUAUAAUGCAGUAAUAGAUAUAACCGUAUUACCAGUAUUUUAUUUUAUUUUUUAUUUGUAGAUUCUUGGAAUAUUAGUAACUUCUAUCUCUUACAAUUCCAAAAAGACUCAAAAUGAGAAUUUUCAUUGACUUUUAUGUCAGUGACUAUGCAGUUGUAGGGUGCCUUUUAAUAUUGUACUUUUUAAUUGCGUUUUGUGGAGUUUAUGGCAAGAUUCUGAAUUUCAUCUACAUGGAAUUUUUUAGAAAUUAUAAUGAAAAUGUGUAAGGAGGCAUGUAAACGGCUUCAGAGAUUCAAUACAAAUUUUUAAGAAACCAAUUCUUUAAGUUAUGAAUGAAGUUGAUUUUUCUGUAAAGACUUACAAGCCAGUUGGUGUAAUAUCCAAACUAGAGCAACAUAAAAUAUUAUGACAAUGUGCACUCGUAGCUAUAACGUCUGUCAUGUUAGGUUAUUUCUUUCUCUUCAUCUUUUUAUGAAUAGGGUAAAGCAGAGAAAAGCUAUGGGGUUAACAAAGGGAAUUAGUUUUAAGAUAUAUAACCUUACACAAGGUAAUUAGGUAAUCUCCAAAAGUUACAGCAUUAAAGUGACAUGAUUCGUCUCCAUGAAGUUGUCAAAAGUAUUUAGAAACAGCCAUUGUUUCAAAAGGUAUUUUCAUGCUGUCAAGAAGUACCACAGGGUUAGGUGCAU